UAACUUUACGUUUUCAUUGUAAUAUUGACCUUUGUUGUGAGCGCCCAAAUUCAAAAUGCGCUUUAAUUUAAUUUGUUUAAUAUUCAUAACGUUUUACAGCAGCAUUUUAACGGAAGUACUUGCAAAUACGGAUGAAAAGCCAACGGUACCCAAAGAUGGACAGCCAUCGGUGCCCAAUGAUGGAGAGCCAUCGGUAGGCAAGGAUGGAGAACCAUCAGUAGGCAAGGAUGGAGUGUCAUCAAUAGGCAAGGAUGGAGGGCCAGCAGCAGGCAAGGAUGGAGUGUCAUCAAUAGGCAAGGAUGGAGUGUCAUCAAUAGGCAAGGAUGGAGGGCCAGCAGCAGGCAAGGAUGGAGUGUCAUCAAUAGGCAAGGAUGGAGGGCCAGCAGCAGGCAAGGAUGGAGUGUCAUCAAUAGGCAAGGAUGGAGGGCCAGCAGCAGGCAAGGAUGGAGUGUCAUCAAUAGGAAAGGAUGGAGGGCCAGCAGCAGGCAAGGAUGGAGUGUCAUCAAUAGGCAAGGAUGGAGGGCCAGCAGCAGGCAAGGCUGGAGAACCAGCAGCAGGCAAGGAUGGAGUGUCAUCAAUAGGCAAGGAUGGAGAACCAUCAGUAGGCAAGGAUGGAGUGUCAUCAAUAGGCAAGGAUGGAGGGCCAGCAGCAGGCAAGGAUGGAGUGUCAUCAAUAGGCAAGGAUGGAGUGUCAUCAAUAGGCAAGGAUGGAGAACCAUCAGUAGGCAAGGAUGGAGUGUCAUCAAUAGGCAAGGAUGGAGGGCCAGCAGCAGGCAAGGAUGGAGUGUCAUCAAUAGGCAAGGAUGGAGGGCCAGCAGCAGGCAAGGAUGGAGUGUCAUCAAUAGGCAAGGAUGGAGGGCCAGCAGCAGGCAAGGAUGGAGUGUCAUCAAUAGGCAAGGAUGGAGGGCCAGCAGCAGGCAAGGAUGGAGUGUCAUCAAUAGGCAAGGAUGGUGAGCCAGCAGCAGGCAAGGCUAGAGAACCAGCAGCAGGCAAGGAUGGAGUGUCAUCAAUAGGCAAGGAUGGAGGGCCAGCAGCAGGCAAGGAUGGAGUGUCAUCAAUAGGUAAGGAUGGAGGGCCAGCAGCGGGCAAGGCUGGAGAACCAUCAGUAGGCAAGAAUGGAGAGCCAUCAGUAGGCAAGGAUGCCGAGCCUCCAAUAGGUAAGCACGGAGAGAAACCAGCAGGCAAUGAUGGAGAGCCAUCAAUACGCAAGGAUGGAGGGCCAGAGUUAACAUCAAGAUUGGGAGAAAAAGCACCGAUUAAAACAGACGAAAUAAAAGAUAAAAGGUCUAAUUCGUCGUCAACUGGGAAAACUAUCGCCAUACUGGUAUCUUCGAUGAUCAUCGCCGUAGCCUUCAUUUGGGGUACAACAAUAGUGUAUCGGCGAUAUAAGGCUAAAACAUACGAUGUCAGACGGCAAAACAUUGAACUAGGAAAUCAAAACUAGCUUACUAAAAUAAUUGCCAAGAACUGGUAUAAAAAGUGUUAUAAUUAAAAUGUAGUGUGUGUGCAGUUGUGAUGGAUAGGAAGUUCUUUGUGAAUAAGAUGAAUUAUCAUCUUUGAGCUUAUAAUUGUUAUUUAAUGAUAAUGUAAAAUUUUCUAUUAUAUAGAAUUUUAUUUGUAUUAUUAGUUUUACACUAAGCGAGAAAAUAUAUCCUUGAUAAUACUUUAUGGCUUUGUCGAUGGUUAUGUAAAAUUAAAAAAUUAUUUAAAUACGAUAA